AUGGACGUGGAUUGGACCGUACCGAUUCACCCUGAUCAUUCCGAGCAAGGCAUGGACCAAGGUACGACACAUGACACCUUCCUGGAAGAUCAAGAUGCCAUGGAUACGAUAUUAUGGGGGGAUGUACCCAUUCUUUCAAUCGAACCCAGGCCCGGCUCAGAGGACGCAAUUGGUCUAGGAGCAGAAUCGAUCAUGGACUGGGGAUGUUUGUGCGACUUCCCGCCCCUGUACUGCCAACAGCACGGCGUACAUGGUAAUUUCUCCGUAGACAACGACUUGCCACUACCGUCCUUCGGCCCGGAGCAGACAACCACGUAUCCCGACAAUGUUAUGGAACCGUUGGAACUCGCUCCAGGAUUUCUUGAGCUUACCGAAGCAAACCGAACUGACCAUGUUCUAUCUCCGAGUCCAUUUGAGAUGGGCCAUGCAAGACCGAAUUUGCCUUCGAACGACCAGACUCACUCAUAUACGGCCAAUCACUCUCGCGAUCCGAUCAAACCGCUGGUAAAGCAACCAUCACGACGCUCAGACAUAUCUUCGAAGAACAGGACCAUCUUGUCAGCAUACUUCUGGAAGAACCGCUACCCUGACACACGCGAGAUGAACGAGUUGCAGAAACGAACAAGUCUGGACAAGAAAUGUGUCAAGACGUGGUUCAGUAACGCCAGACAACGGACGGCUCGUCUUCGAAGUUGGAUCAGUCAGACUUCUGUCGAUUCCAGGGGUUCACGCAAAGGCCGCAGAAGCUGGGUGCAGACGCCGGAUCAGCUCAACGCUACAGCAUCGCCCUCAAAGACAGAAGAAGGAAAGACGUCUGCAACUACCGAGCUUCGAAAGCCUCAUCCAUGGUACUGCACUUGGCCGAGCUGUCUCAAGUUCUUCCAAUUCCGCUCUGCAUGGGACCGUCACGAGGCAGCCGUGCACUACUGGCCAUACCAUUGGGUCUGCAACCUGGGCGAACAGCCUUCUAUGCUCCAUGAAGACGCCGCAUCCCGCAUCUUCUACCGCGACGACCAGCUCUUAGUUCACAUGAGGGGCCGCCAUCAUGCCAACGUCACCAAGAAUAUCGUUUCGACAUUAAGACAGGUCAACCCAAAAUUCGAUCGUGGUUACUUGAGGUGUGGAUUCUGCUUUCAAACUCUGUAUAAUUGGAAGGGAAGGCAAGAUCAUGUUGCUGCUCAUAUAGAAAAGGGUCUGCCCAAGUCCUCAUGGCUGGGUUGGAAGAAACUGGUGUUGGGCUCGCCCAAGGAUAGGAAGCCCGGCGAUGAGCUUGUGCUUCCAUCGUGGGAUUUCUGGAAACAGUGCCACGUAGAUUGCGAAUGA